AUGACCGUCGUGGUGAACAUGAUUCGGGAUGACACAAGUGGUGAUGUUACUGGUCGUAAUGAGGAUGGGAGUGGCAGGCACGAUGAUACAGUAGGUGCGAUAGCGAUGACGAUCGUAUCGAUGAUGUUGUGCAUCGAUGUCGCGUGUCUGCAACACAAACACAUGGGCAGAAAGCAUGACUCUCAGCCUGUCUCAGGAGCCGAGAAGAGCAAGGUUGUGGUCAUGACCGCUGAGCCCAUGAAGCCUAGGCUACUUGCUGCAGCCGUCCGUGGGCACCACUCCGGCGCCGUUGCCUCCUUUGCCGGCGCCACCCGCGAGACCUUCGUUGUCGACCGCUGGAGCACGUUUGUCAUCAAUCUCGCGGGCCCUUUGGGCGAAGCGCGGCGCCUGCACGCGAUCCGGGAGCUUGCAAAGGUCGGGCUCCACGGUCGCUACCAAUUCUGGCCCGCUGUGUCGGCCUACGACGAUGCCUCGCUGGCCAAGGAGCUGGGGAAGAAGCACUGCCCCUGUGAUCCUCAGUCGGCGCUGGCGCUUAGCCACAGGCGCAUCUACGAGGCCAUCAUUGCGGAAAGGUGGCCAUGCGCUACGAUCUUCGAGGAUGACGUGUCUCUUGCGCGUAACUUCAGCCGACGACUGGAGGCUGUGUCCAACAGUCUACCCGCCUUCGACACACUGCAGCUUGGCUACUGCAAGCGCGGGAAGAAGGUAAGCACCGGACCAGAUGACCAGAUGUCUCUCCCGACUCUGAAGUAUGGCUGGCCCGGGGCCUGCCUCCACGCUGCCAUCAUCAGCUUCCAGGGAGCAGCUCUUCUCGCAGAGGUGAACACCCCUCUGCGAACGCACGCGGAUGGAGCCAUGGACCCAAAGCACUGGCCGAACCAGACGCGCGCUUUCCUCGAUCGCAAGCCAGGCAGUGUGCCGGGAUCUUACUGGUACACCGAGCCUAUCUUGGCCUGGCAGGGUGCCGAUACUCUCGCGGGCGGUGCCUGA